UGCGGCGGUCCGAGCGCUGCAGGCAGCGCGGGAGCCAGCUCCUGACAGCAUCCCGCGGCUGCCACGUCUGUCACUCGGUCCCAGGGUCCACCAUGGCCCUGGUGCGGGACGCUGAACCGGCGGCCGGAUCCUCCCGCUGGCUGCCCACGCACGUCCAGGUGACCGUGCUGCGGGCCAGCGGGUUGAGGGGCAAGAGCUCGGGCGCCGGCAGCACCAGCGACGCGUACACGGUGAUCCAGGUGGGCCGAGAGAAGUACAGCACCUCGGUAGUGGAGAAGACGCAAGGCUGCCCGGAAUGGUGCGAAGAGUGUUCGUUCGAGCUGCCGCCCGGCGCCCUGGACGGCCUGCUGCGGGCACAGGAGGCAGAUGCGGGCCCUGCGCCCUGGGCCUCCGGCCCCAACGCCGCCUGUGAGCUCGUGCUUACCACCAUGCACCGCUCGCUUAUCGGUGUGGACAAGUUUCUAGGCCGGGCAACCAUAGCUCUGGACGAGGUCUUCCGCGCAGGCCGCGCCCAGCACACGCAGUGGUACAAGCUACAUUCCAAGCCAGGCAAGAAGGAGAAGGAGCGAGGUGAGAUCCAGGUGACCAUCCAGUUCACACGGAACAACCUGAGCGCCAGCAUGUUUGAUCUCUCCAUGAAGGACAAGCCUCGGUCUCCCUUCAGCAAGCUCAAGGACAAAGUGAAGGGCAAGAAGAAGUAUGACCUAGAGUCUGCCUCAGCGAUUCUUCCAAGCAGCGCCCUGGAGGACCCCGAGUUAGGCAGCCUGGGCAAGAUGGGCAAAGCCAAAGGUUUCUUCCUCCGCAACAAGCUACGCAAGUCCUCGCUCACACAGUCCAAUACCUCUCUGGGCUCCGACAGCACGCUCUCCUCCACUAGUGGCAGCCUGGUCUACCAGGGCCCUGGGGCCGAGCUCCUCACUCGCUCACCAAGCCACAGCAGCUGGCUGUCCACUGAAGGGGGUAGGGACUCUAUACAGUCCCCCAAGCUGCUCACCCACAAGAGGACAUACAGUGAUGAGGCCAGCCAGCUUCGAGCAGCUCCUACCCGGGCCCUUCUUGAGCUCCAAGGCCACCUUGAUAGCACCUCCCGCUCGUCCCUCUGCGUCAACGGGAGCCAUGUGUACAAUGAGGAGCCUCAGCCCCCCUUACGGCACCGCAGCUCCAUCUCAGGCCCCUUCCCACCCUCGAGCUCCUUACACAGUGUUCCACCUCGGUCCUCUGAGGAGGGGUCUCGGUCCUCAGAUGACUCUUGGGGCAGAGGCAGCCAUGGCACCAGCAGCUUAGAGCCAGUGCCUGGACAGGAGGAGCUGAGCAAGCAGGCCAAAGUGCUGGCUCCAGGGGCCAGUUGCUCUGGAGAGGAGGAGGGAGCCCAACUACCAGAGGGAAAGCCAGUCCAGGUUGCCACACCCAUGGUGGCAUCCUCUGAGGCUGUGGCAGCAGAGAAGGAGCGGAAGCCCCGGAUGGGGCUCUUCCAUCACCACCACCACCAAGGGCGCCGUGGCUCAAUUGGGGAGAAAGGGAGUCCUUCCCUGGGAGCCUCCCCCCACCAUUCAUCCACCGGGGAAGAAAAGGCCAAGAGUAGCUGGUUUGGCCUGAGAGAAUCCAAAGAACCAACUCAGAAGCCCAGUGCCUCGAGGGCCAGCCUGGCCCCCCUGGCUUCCCCUGGGAAAGCCCUGCCUGAGUGGGACGACACCUUCAACAUCUUUGCUGCUGGCAGGCUGCAGACAGAGGCCAGGAGUGGGAUCCUGGCCCCUGCAGGAAUGGGGCUGGAGGAGGAUGGGCUGCAAGACCCAGGCCCUAGGACCAUGGCAAUGAAAUCAACAGAGCCCCAGGGAGAGCCUGGGGGAGGAAGAGGAGGAAGCAGCAUAUGGCUAGAGUCCAAGGCUCCUGUGGACUCAGAACUGGACCAGCCAAGCACAAGUAUGUCUGACCCAGGACCCCUUGGGUCCUCAGGGACCAGUCCAUCCUCCAGAGCAUCCCAGUUGCACCUGCAAGCCUCAGCCUCAACACCAGAGGGGGAGCUUCCUGCCUCAGAAGGGGGAGCAGCACAGAGUCCAGCAGAUAGUGGGACAUCUCUGUUCAGCUCCCCAGAAGUUCUCAGUGUGUGGGAGAGAUUUCCUGGUUCGGAUGACACUCCUGGAGGCCGGGAUGAGGAGGCCUCCCGAGAUGGAAGGCAACUUUUCCAGGAGCUGAACACAGUGGAGGAUUCCUGGCCUUGGGAUGUGGUCACCAUUUCUCCUACAGCAGAGGCUGCUUCACCUGUCACAAAGGGAGAACCCGAUGGGGUGCUUUCUCCCCAGUUGCAGCCUGAAUCUCCAGAUACUGUGCCCCCCAUGGGAAGCAGAGGGCUCCUGGCACUGCAGCUGGAUCCAGAGCCUGAGCAGGGACUGGAUGAGGGGACAUGGCUUGGCCCACCACCUCCCAAGCCACCACGCCUCUUCACACCCAUGAAUUCUCAGGUGGAGGAGGAGGACAAAGAAGAGGAAGAAAAUGCUAUAGGGGGGCUAAGUAGCAGGGGGUCAGGGGUAGAAGAAGACAGAACCCCAAGUGCAUUAGUUAUUGGUCCCCAAGAGUCUAAGGAGGAGGGGUUAAAUCCAGAGUUGGAGAAAUUGCAUAGACUGCCCUCUGGAACCCUGAUAGGUGAGCCAGAACUUGAAGACCCAGUAGAAGAAACUAGUGGCCCUGUGUUUGGGGACUGCCCACCUAGGCCCACCAGCUGCUCUGAGGGGCCUGUCCCCAGAUCCCAUAACUCAACCAGCUCAACUCUGCUGAGUCAGAAGGUCUCAGGGACUUCAGAGACAGGUGAGAGCUUUGAAACCCAGAGCCAGGAGCUAGCCAAAAAGGGGUUUGGGUUUCUCUCAGUCCCGUCCCAGCAGGUAGAUCCGUGGGCUGAGGAAGAAGAGGAGGAGGAGGAGAAGGAGGCGGAGGCGGAGGCGGAGGUGGAGGCAGAGGCAGAGGCAGAGGCAGAGGCAGAGGCCUCCAGUCUCUUCUUAUGUCAGGAAAGCCAAGAUCCCCCCAGCCUCCCAUCCAUAUCACCACCAGGGUCAAGGGGAUCCUCUACCCACUCUGGUCCAGAAGAGUUGCCCACACCCCCAGAACCUGCCUUCCCACCUCCCCCUCUUCCACCCUGGGCCAGCCACCGCCACGGUGUGCCAGGCCCUCCAUGCCCUCCGCUGCCUAUAGCCUGGCCCUUGACCUCUUCUUCCUCACUUCCCGAGGAGUCAGCUUCACCCCUUGGUCCUCUUGAGCUCUCCCCCACUGGGGGCUCCCCUACACCAUAUAGGGAAGACCACGCUGCAGCCACCCCAGCCUCCCCGCUUGUGCUUCUGCCCCUGGAGACACGGCCAGCUGAGGAGCCCCAAUCCAGUGGCAGUCCCCAUCCUGUGAAACCCCUCACUGCUGCCCCGUUGGAGGCUAGUCCCGACAGGAAACAGCCCCGUACCAGCCUGAGCACAGCCCUGAGCAGUGGACUGGAGAAGCUCAAAACUGUCACAUCUGGCGGCAUCCAGUCUGUGCUUCCAGCGUCCCAGCUUGGCUCAACUGUGGACACCAAGAGGCUGAAGGAUUCUGCCGUGGUGGACCAGUCGGCCAAGUACUAUCACCUGACUCACGAUGAGCUCAUUGGCCUGCUCCUGCAGCGGGAGCGGGAGCUGAGCCAGAGAGAAGAGCAUGUGCAGGAACUGGAGAGCUACAUUGACCGGCUGCUGGUGCGGAUCAUGGAGACCUCGCCCACACUGCUGCAGAUCUCCCCUGGACCCCCCAAGUAACCCUUCACCCCAUCCCUCGAGGGAUGGUGAGGACCUGUGUCAUGCCCUCCCUCCGCUGACUGCUCUCACCUGAGUAGGGCAGAGCCUGCUCUCAUUGUCACUCUCUGCUCCCCUCCCCAUCCUGCCUCUGCUCUGGCCGCUGGAAGGGGGCCCUUUGAACUCCCACUGGAGCCUUGGGUCUUUCCUACCUGCCCAUUUUCACACUCGAGGUUAUGGGGCUCUCCAGAGAAUUGGAACAAGGUUGUUAGCUGUCAAGAUGGAGCAGGAGUGGGUUCUGGGUUCUGGGGUGAGCUGAAGUAUCUAGGGCAACACUGUUGACAACACAGACUUAGUCACCCCACAAGGCUGGUCAGUUGUUUCUUCUCUUGACUGACUCUUCAUCUCCAUUUCUCUCUGACACCUGGUGGGCCUCCUAGGAUCGACUGGGACAGGGAUGGGGACUAAGCUGCUUGCUUGUCUGUGCACUGUAGACAACCAGGGCACCUACACCUCAGCCUGUGCCUGUACCCUAAGAGCAAGGAGCCUGUGUGUUUUAGUCUUGUCUCUCUGUCUAGAGCUGUGUGUGAGCAUGUGUGCAGGGUGUUGUGGUGGUAUGUGCCUGUGUGUUCUUCAGCUGCUCCCUGCCCCUCUUCAGACUCUCCCACUCCAUAUCCCAGUAGUGGUGGGAGGUGGGGCUGGGUGAAGAGAGAAUGACUCUUUGCUCCUGAGGUUCUCCCUACCCCCCUAACAUGAGACCCCCCUAGGUUGGGGUUUUGGGCUUCUCAUGUUUUGUGGACCAGGCCUUCAUGUCUGUUGUUACCACGUGUCAGAUGCCAAAACUGUGGCUGUGGGCUCAGAACGUUUGGAAACCAAUUAAAAUGUGCCUUUUGUGGAUGAGGACAGGAGCCUCUGGAUGUAGAUGUCUCUGAUCAUGGUGUCCCCUCCUUCCUGUUGAGCACAUGAAAAUGGCUAUUAGGGUCCUGAAAGGGGGAUAUGGACCAGGCUUUUUGCUACUCUGAGAAAUACCUCAGCUAAGGCUCUGGCCAAUCUGCUGCCACCUCUUAAGCCUUCCUCCCACUUCCUGGUCCUCCCUUGACCCUUAUUUGGAGCAUCCUGGGAUACAAAUCUAGAGUACAGUAGGUCUGGGGCUAUCCGGCACCUUGUGUCUGGCCUUGGGUCCCAGUUGCUGGACCAGUGGGCUUGCCUGGAAGUAGGAGGCUUCCCUCUGCCUUAGGAGACACCUGUACUUAGGGAAAUGCCUGUGGCUCUCCAGCUGUUCUGUCCCUGCUGUACAGUCCCUCCUGCUUACCAACCUUUCCUUCCAUGCCUGGCUUGGCUGAAGUGCAUUUUGAAGUCAAGUCUCUGCCCUGUGGUCCAGCUUCUAGUUUGCUUGUGAAUAUAGCUGGUUUCCCCAUGGUGUCAGUGGAGGUCCUUGGUGGCUGUGCACUACAAAAGGUAUGUGUGAUGCUGACAAAAGAUGCUUUUGGCCCAGUGGAGAGGCAGUAACUUUCCAGCUAAAGACAGGGUUCACUCAGAACACCUCAGAACAUUCUCUGUGGAUGAUGUCAGUCUUCUGCCAGCAUAGAGCAGAUGAGCCCCACAGUGGGGUCCACUACCAUUCAGUUACCAACUAUAGGUCAGCUCAGAGAUGAGGAAAGUAGCCACCAGUUCCCAGAGUUUUGUGGUGGGGACAGUCAGUGGGUGUUGGAGGUGUCUCUUGAGGAACUGAGUUCCUCUGCUAGGUAGUCCUGGGCUUUAAUUGGUCCCAGCCCUCUCUCAUCUUUAUCCAUCCCUGCUGUUUGGCUUCCUUACAUGGCCAGGGCAGGGGUGUCUUCCAGAGAGGUCCUGAACUGAGGCCAGGGUUUUGCUCAUUAUGUCUGCUCCUUACGACACACUGCAGAGUGUAGCCGGACAGGCAGCGAGCAGGCACAGCUCUGCCCUGGUCUUGUCUUCCUAGUUGAAACUCCAGUCUAUAAAGAGCUUGUUCUUCAUGUUUCGAGCACUUUAUGAAGAAUAAAAAGUUCAUGUACCGCGGCCA